GCAGUUCUUCAAGCUUCGCUGGCAAUCUCCACAAAAAAUGGGAGAUUCAGAUUCACAACAGAAUAUAGAGAUACUCCAUGACUUUCCCCCCUUACUGAGAGUGUACAAGGAUGGCCGAAUCGAAAGGUUGCAAGACGAAAAUGUCGUCCCGCCCGACCCGGAUGCCGAAACCGGCGUCAGAUGCAAAGACGUCCAGAUUUCCCCUGAUCCCACAGUUUCCGCCAGGAUUUUCCUCCCCAAAACCGCCAGACCGGGCCGGAAACUUCCACUGUUGGUGUACUUCCACGGCGGAGCAUUCGUCUCCGAAUCUGCUUUCUCUCCGACUUACAAGAAGCCUCUCUGCUUAAUCUCGGCGGAAGCAAACGCCGUGAUCGUCUCCGUCGAUUACAGAUUGGCCCCGGAGCAUGUGAUUCCGGCGUGUUUCGACGACUCGUGGCUGGCCCUAAAGUGGGUGGCGUCCCAUUCCUCCUCCGGCGGCAGCGGCGGUGAGGAGUGGCUGAAGGAGUACGCAGAUCUCAACCGCGCAUUCUUCGGCGGCGACAGCGCGGGCGGAACCAUAGCGCAUAGAAUGGCGAUUCGGGUCGGGUUGGAAGGAUUAGACGGAAUCAAGCUGGACGGCGUCUUCCUCAACUGCCCGUUUUUCUGGGGAAAAGAUCCGGUAGGCGAGGAAGGGGAAGUUGCGGCGGCAAUGGGGUCGCUCAUCCAUAUACUUUGGGAGUUGGUGAACCCGAAGUCCUCUGGGCUAGACGACCCGCUUUUGAACCCGACCGCAGACCCGGAAUUCAGUUCCCUGGGGUGCAAGAAGGUGCUGGUGUACGUUGCAGAGAAGGACAAUCUGCGGCGGAGAGGGCGGCACUACACGGAGGUGCUGGUUAAUAGUGGGUGGCCUGGGACGGCAGAGGUGGUGGAAGUUAAAGGCGAGGACCACGGUUUCAGCGUGUCUUCCCCCACAUCUGAUAAUUCCAUGGCGAUGGUGAAAAAGUUGGCUACUUUCAUCAACAAAUAAUUACCAACUUAUCAACCACUUCCAAAUUGCAGGUUUAAUAAAAAAUGAGAAAUUAAAUAAAAGAUACUCCUUCCGUUCCAUAAAAUGAUAAAAAUAGUUCACGCAUUGACUUGGAUCGGAAUUUAAGAAAGUGGAAUAAAAUGAAAAUGUAUGGUUGUGGUUGUGUAAAAAAGGUAAAUAAAUGUGAGCCACACAAAAUUUUCUAAAAGAGAAAAUGGAAACUAUUUUUUGGGACGACCCAAAAAGGAAACUGAGAACUAUUUUGCGGGACGGAAGGAGUAACAUUUACUAAUAAAAAGCAGUGGACAAAAAUUUUCAUUAUUAUAAUUGUGUUCAAAAUUUAGAACAUAGUAAUUUAUAUGAAAUUCAUAGUAGCUUACAUUUAAUUAUUAUGAUGUAAGUUUGAAUACAAUUAUAGUCAUUAAUAGUAACUAAGUAAGUACGGAGUAAUAUUUUCAUCCGCCC